ACUUGAACUUGAAUUUAAGUUAGUUAAUGAUAUUGAUCCUUAAGAAUUAGGAGGACCUUGACAGCUUGCUACCUAUUACAGUCACUGAUGUGUUCUGGCGUUAGUGAACACCCGUCAGCAGUUCAAAAUAUGUAAAUCUUUGGAGGCCGAUGUCCGAUUUACAAACGAGUGGGUAUAUGACUUUCAGAUCUACAAGCCAAAUGCCAACUACACAAUCACUCGGACAAAACAUCAGCUAAUACUACAUAAUUGAUCUACCGGUAUCUUGCAAAAUAAACCCCAUAACAUUAGCCUACCUUUGUGUCUGACUGUAUGCUAUAUCUACUACAUUUCAUCUUUAGAAUAUGAUUCACUGUGUAGUGUUUUGUGUUAGUUCAGCAGUUCUUUUGACACUUGCAGUGAACAGCCAGGGAACGGCACUUUAACCUUUACCCCUCCAAACGUGGCCCCUACUGGUGGAAGUUUCAUAUUUAGUGUACAGACAUGAGAAUUCUCGGCAAUAAAGCAACUAAGCGCAUUUUCCCAAAAUGUCAAACUUUUUGCUCUAAGCUGGGAGAGCAGAAUAAAAAUGUUCUCCUUUGAGGAAAUUUAAAAGUCGACAUGUCAACGUGAUUUCUUAUUGUAAAAAAAAACAAGCAAUUAUCUGUGAAUCUUUUCAUCGAUACAGUACUGCCAAGAAAGUGCACUGACUGUGUCACGAAUGUAGCAGAGGACACUUUCAAGUGCCACAUUUUCAUUACGAUUUUUUUUUUCUUUUGUACAUUUAUCUCAUUUCUAUGGUCAAUUAGUUUCAAAUUUGUAUCUUUUAUAAUUAGACAUCUGAAUUCAUAACUGUAUAGAUUCAUGUAUAAGAUAAAGGACAUGUUUUGUGAAUGUAUGAAUUGUGUAUCAUAUUUUGAUAUUCGGAUGCUAUCUAUAUGCAUUACAGUAGGCUAUUAGAAAGCAGUCAUUAGCUGUGUAUGCAUCUAUUGUGUGAUUGGUUGUGUACACCAAUCAAUUUCCUAAAUAUUAAGAGCCUAUCCAAACCGUAUAAUGUGAUAAAGUGCUACUGUUACCAUUAGUAAUAUUCUGAAUAAGCUAUCUGCAGCCUGAUAUAUACACAGUAUAAAUGAAGUCUGCCAUUUUAAACAAAUAUAUAUACUGUAGAGCAACGACACUUGUUUCAUUGGAGUCAAUUAAACAUUUUUUAUGCCUUUGUCACCUGUUUUUCAUGGUGAGACAUUAGCUGGCUCUGUGGUCUUGGCCUUGCCUACUCCAAUAACUGUUUUAAAUCAAAGGUCAAAGGUUUAUGGCUUUGGUUGGAAGGAAGAAAGUCAAAACAGGAACACUAAGAAGUAGUCGUAAAGGGAAGGAGUAGGGUUGAGAAAACCUUUGCAAUAUAUUUAUGGGAUCAUAUUUGGAAAACUGGAGAAGUAGGCCUAGUUUUGCGAUGGUUUAGGAGUUCUUUAUACAUGUCUCUAUCUAUGCAGGUCGACCACAACAUGGGAAGAAGUUCAGUGUCAAUUUGUACAGACAAGCUGUUUAAAGUUUUAGUCAUUGGGGAUGUAGGCGUUGGGAAAAGCAGCAUUAUCUUGCGUUAUGUUAAUAAACGCUUUAAUGAAACAUAUAAAGCAUCUAUUGGAGUUGACUUUUCUCUAAAGACUAUUGAAUGGGAUGCCAAGACAGUGGUGAGACUGCAGCUUUGGGAUAUUGGAGGCCAGGAGAGGUUUAAGAAGAUGACCAGGGUGUUCUACAAAGAGGCGAUGGGAGCAGUAGUGGUCUUUGACAUUACAAACAGAUCCACCUUGGAGGCCGCCUCAGAGUGGAAGCAGGACCUGGACAGCAAAGUCUGUCUCGACAGCGGAUGUCCGGUCCCUGCCGUCCUGCUGGCCAACAAAUGUGACAUGACAGGAAGGGACAGAGACUUGGUGUCCUCCCUGGACAGCUUCUGUAAAGCCAACAGCUUCAUGGGCUGGUUUGAGACCUCUGCAAAGGACAAUAUAAAUAUUGAUGAGGCAGGUGCUCUCCUUGUCAAACAAAUGAUGCUCUGCGACACUGGCCUGUCCAACGAAGAGCACCGCUGGGACGGGAUCAAAGUGAACCAGGCUCCCGAGGAGAGUCAGAGCCAGGCAUUGUGCUGCUGGGGACCACGGCUCUGAGGCAACGAGCCAAACAACGGCAGCUACCCGUUAAACACUCUCAACAAGACCUGUGUUUGAUACCAAGGCAUGAAUCCACAGCAUAGAAGCUAUUUCAGCAUGUGUAACAUAUAGUCAUUAACUUUAAAUGCUUAUUUCUGCCCUGCCAGGCUUCUCAAUAAUGUGUGGGCUGCCUCAUAAACACCUCUGGAGACGACUG